AUGGCUGAAGAACAUCCUGCAGUGACUGUCUUUCGCGAAUAUCUGAGAAUCAAUACGAUUUCAUCCGAAGCUGACUAUGAUGCUUGCACUAAACUACUGCAACGACUGGCAGCAGAGAUAGAUCUGCCUAUGAGAGUAAUCGAGGUCCUCCCAAACAGGCCUGUCGUUCUUAUAACAUGGGAAGGAACAGAUCCUACGCUUGGCUCCUUAUUACUUAAUAGCCAUACGGAUGUUGUCCCGGUUUAUCUUGAGCAUUGGAUACAUGAUCCAUUUGCCGCAAUUAAAACUCCGGAAGGAGAUAUAUACGCAAGAGGAACACAGGAUAUGAAAUGCGUAGGAAUACAAUAUAUAGAAGCUAUAAGAAGACUAAAGAAAGAAGGAAAGCGCUUUAAACGUACUAUACAUAUGUCGUUUGUACCAGAUGAAGAACGUGGAGGAAGGGAAGGCAUGCAAUUAUUCUGCAAGCAUGAAGAAUUUAAAAAGUUGAACAUUGCUUACGCACUUGACGAAGGUUUAGCAAAUCCAACGGAAGAGUUUAUUGUUUACAAUUCUGAGCGGCCAAUUUGGGGAGUCAGAAUUAAAUGUACUGGAAGGCCUGGACACGGCUCAAGAUUUGUUCAGAAUACUGCGAUGGAAAAGCUUAGGAAGCUAAUGAAUAAAUUCACUGAAUUUCGAAAUUCUGAAGAAAAACGAAUGCUUGAAAAUAAUUUAAGAUUGGGAGAUGUUACAACCAUAAAUAUGACUAUGGUGAACGGUGGUAUUCAAAGGAACGUAGUCCCUGCUGAUGUUACGCUCACUAUUGACGUCAGGCUUGCACUUGACGUUGACUUCCAGGAAUUCGAAGAAAGAGUCCGAUCCUGGGCAGAUGAAUGUGGCGAUGGAAUUUUAAUCACUUUUAUUGACCGUCAUAUGGAUAAAUCAAUUACCAGCAUUGACAACAGCGAUAAAUGGUGGAGAGCGUUCAGCUCAGCGGCUUCCAAUAUGAGUUUAUUACUCAUUACAGAGACAUUUCCAGCAGCAACAGAUAGCCGAUUCCUACGCCAGGCAGGAAUACCUGCCCUAGGAUUCUCUCCAAUGAACUAUACGCCGGUAUUACUUCACGAUCAUAAUGAAUUUUUGAAUGAAAAGAUCUUCCUUAAGGGAAUAGAAAUCUACUGCGGUAUUAUAUCGGCAAUGGCCAAUGUAGAUUAA